CUCAAUUCUCAUCGAGAAGGCUGGACAGUGAUACACAACUUUAUUCCCUUGAUUCCUGUGAUUUACAAGAGGUGUUGAGAAAAGUGAGCUGUAUCAAGAACUGCCUAUAAAUAUGAACGAGACAGAUUCCAACUUCUCCUGCUACCACCCUUCAAUUGUGGACUACCGAUAUGUCGGUGUGACAUGGGGUAUCAUCGUAUCCAUUGUGGGUACAGUAGGAAACGUGCUUACUGUGCUGGCAUACCUUCUGGAUAAGAAGUUACAGACCCGUUUUAACCUACUCAUACUCAAUCUGACCCUGGCCGACAUCCUGUAUUGCUCAUUUCUUCAGCCUUUCUCCGUAGAUGCCUACCUCCAUCUCUACUGGAGAAGUGGUGCCACUUUCUGUCGAGUAUUUGGCAUGCUACUGUUUGUCUCCAACUCUGUAUCCAUCCUGAAUCUGUGCCUCAUUGCCGUCAGUCGAUAUAUACUCAUUAGCAACAACAAACUCUUUGAUAAGAUCUUUUCCAAACAUGGAACAUUCCUCAUUCUUUUGGGGACUUGGGUGAUCGGGUUUGCAAGCUUUGCACCACUUUGGAACGUCUUUGUUUUGGUGCCUAAAGUAUGCACCUGCAGUUUCCACCGGAUAAGAGGGAGACCGUACACCACCAUUCUGAUGGCAUUUUACUUUGUUAUUGGUCUUAGCUGCGUUGGUGUCUUUUACUUCCUAAUUCACCGUAAAGUUAAAUCUGCUGCUAAAGCACUGGACCAAUACAAACUUAAAACUGCUACACUACCAAAGGGACAUGUUGCUGGUGUCACUUCAACAACUCCAGGUGUAUACCACGAGCUAGAUAGUGGGGUGGAUACUGCAGCUUCAAGUGAGGUCAUUUCGGAACAGGUUCCCUCUUCCAAGAGUAAUAUUUCAAACAUUUCUUCUCAGUCCACUGACCAGGGGCGAUCAGUAACAAUAUCAAAACCUAAAGACUCUGGUUCUGAUUUUAAAAAAGUUACCCGUAUGUGUUUUGUGGUGUUCAUCUUUUUUGUGGUGAGCUACAUUCCAUUCCUGCUACUCAACAUUUUUGAUGCUAAAAAUAAAGCCCCCCAGAUGCUUCACAUGAUUGCUGCAAAUCUCACCUGGUUAAACAGCUGCAUUAAUCCCAUCCUCUAUGCCGCCAUGAACCGCCAAUUCCGGGACGCUUACAAGAGAGUCGUCUCGCUCACUGUUGGAAAAAUAAGAAGAUGGUAAAUAAAAAUUGGACAUUAUUACUUGGAUAAGUCACACUGAGGAGGAUAAACUUUUAUUAAUAUAAAGUCACUGAAUUUAGUAUUUUAUGAGCACAAUAUGAAAAGAUGCACUGUAAAAUUGUAACUAAAUUAUUUUGUCAAUGUGUAACACUGCUGUUUUGUGCCUGCAGCUUCUCUGUUCUCUGUG